AUGCCAUCAGAAACUCUCACACGUGCCGAGAUCGCAAAGCACAACACCGAGGAUUCCCUCUGGUGCAUCAUCGACCACCAAGUCUAUGAUCUAACCGAUUUUGUCGACGCCCACCCCGGUGGUGCCGUCGUGCUUACUCAGGUUGCUGGCCAGGACGCAACAUCCGAUUUCUACAACCUGCACCGCCAGGAGGUACUGGAGAAAUACCGUGACCAGCUUUGCAUCGGUGUCGUCGAAGGCGAAACUCCCGAGGUUAUCGUGCCCGCCCCUGGAGCUUUGAGCCCCGUGCCUUACGCAGAACCCCUAUGGCUACGGCCCCAAUUUAAGUCCCCUUACUACAAGGAGACCCACCGACGUUUGCAGAAGGCCAUCCGAGUGUUCACAGAUAAAUAUGUGACGCCCGAAGCGCAAGAGAAAGAGCAGGAUGGCACCUACAUCAGCCAAGAGCUAAUCAACCGCAUGGCCGAGACGAACAUUCUGGCUAUGCGACUGGGUCCCGGAAAGCAUCUGCACAACCGUACCUUGCUCGAUGGAGCUGUGGAUGGAAAGGAGUUUGAUUAUCUCCACGAUAUGAUUAUAGUACAGGAGUUAGUCCGUGCUAAUGCCAGAGGCUUCCAGGAUGGCAAUAUGGCCGGUAUGGCUAUUAGUUUGACAGCUGUCCAACAAUGGCUGCAUGAUCCUGUUCUCAAGGAGCGCCUCAAUGAUGAGGUCUUGUCGGGUCAGAAGAAGAUGUGUUUGGCUAUCACCGAGGCCUUUGCUGGUAGCGAUGUCGCGGGUCUGAAGACCACCGCGGAGAAGACUCCUGAUGGGAAACAUUAUAUUGUCAAUGGAACAAAGAAAUGGAUCACAAAUGGCAUGUUCGCCGACUACUUUGUAACUGGCUGCCGUACCGAGAAGGGCUUCUCGGUGCUUUUGAUUCCUCGCGGUGAGGGUGUGGAGACCAAGCAAAUCAAGACCUCAUAUUCAACUGCCGCUGCCACUGCUUUCGUGCAGUUUGAGAAUGUCAAGGUCCCAGUUGAGAAUCUCCUAGGCGAGGAGCACAAAGGUUUCAUCGUUAUCAUGAGUAACUUCAACCAUGAGCGGUUUAUGAUGGUCGCAGCCGUGGUACGCAUGUCAAUGAUGAUUGUGGAAGAGACAAUGAAAUGGUCCAACCAGCGGAUUGUCUUUGGCAAGAAGUUGAUUGAACAACCGGUUAUUCGUCAAAAGAUCGCUCGCAUGAUCUCCCUAGCUGAAUCUAACCAGGCAUGGCUUGAAUCCAUCGCCUACCAGAUGUGCAACAUGACAUACGCCCAGCAAGCGAAGCAUCUGGGUGGACCUAUCGGACUGCUCAAGUCCCACUGUACCCAAGCUGCAGGUGAGAUUGCCAGUCUCGCCACGAACAUCUUUGGUGGUCGUGGUAUCACUCAGUCAGGAAUGGGCAAGGUCGUCGAGAUGUUCCAUCGCACGUAUAAGUUCGAUGCCAUCUUGGGUGGAACUGAGGAGAUUUUGGCAGAUUUGGGAGUGAGGCAGGCGAUGAAGAAUUUCCCGAAGUCGAUGUUAUAG